CGUGACAAAUCAAAGUCCUGUUACUUGACUGUUUCCUUUCAUUGCGCGAGCUUUGCUUUCAGAAAAUCAUAGAAAUGUUGGACGGAUAAAGUGAUGGGUGAACUGUUACUUUAAGAAACUUAAGAGUUUACAACAGAGCAGGAAUUUUCUCACUGAAUCAUAUGACAGAAAUAUUUUUCGCUUGAGAGAAGAAACAUCGUAACACUCCCCGAAUACAUGCUUCCGCUGAGCUGAUACAUUUAAAUGAAUCAAAUAUCUGACGUAACGUCUCUGUUAUUAUCAUAAAGCGCUACAAGUUUGAGGAAACUUGCACAGUUCUCCUGUCUGUGGGUUUACUGUACGCUUUUCCUUCUGGAGGAGGGGCAGCAUCUUACUUUUACAAAAAAAAACCCACGUCACUCUGUCAAACUCGGUUUUUCAUGAAACUUGAAGAUUCAAGAAUCAUUUCGUUGUUUUCUUCCUGGAGUACAUUUGGGUGAAGAUGCAGACUGGAUUCCGACUGAAUUUAAGUCCGGUUAAAGAACCGCUGGGUUUCGUGAAAGUCGUGGAGUGGUUUACAGCGGUUAUAGCGUUUGCGACCUGUGGGGGAUACAGUGGCAAAAAUGUGAUUUCAAUCUUCUGUGAUGGAAACAGCAAUGAAACACUCAGUGCCAGUUUCUCCUAUCCAUUUAGGUUAAACCAGGUUCUCCUGGUAGAGAGCAACAGUACCCUUUGCAACCGCACAGUUCCUGAAGCUCAUCUGGUGGGAGAUUCUUCAUCCUCGGUGGAGUUUUUCGUGGCUGUGGCGGUCUUGGCGUUUCUGUAUUGCAUGGUGGCUCUGUUGGUUUAUCUCGGCUACAUGCACGUAUACCGCGAUUCUGACUUUGGCCCCAUGUUUGAUUUUGUGAUGACGGCAGCGUUUGCAUUCCUGUGGCUCGUGUGCUCGUCGGCGUGGGCGAGGGGUUUGCAGACGGUGAAGGACGCCACCGGCACGGCCGGCAUUGAGGCCACUCUUGGCCUCUGUACGGAGAAAGAUGUCAGAUGUGAAGUAACCGAGUAUGCCAGUCUGCGUUCACUCAAUAUAUCUGCGGUAUUUGGUUUUUUGAACCUCAUCAUAUGGGCCGGGAACGCCUGGUUUGUGUAUAAGGAGACACGCUGGCACUCUCAGAAGGUAAAUGCUCGGCCAGUGGCGGGCCGGGGUCCAGCUACGGUCCCUAUCUAAACCCGGUUCCCAAAUCAUCAUCACCACCACCACACACAAUAACAAUGUCCAUCUUGGAUGUUGUAAGAAACACAUGAUGUUUAUGUGUACUUGAAAAAUGUUUAGGUUUGUUUCUGAGUGCCUCACACCCACAGGUUUUGUUUUUUGUAUUGCAUUACUCCCGCAUGCUUUUUAAAUGACUCCUGUUUGUCUCACAAUGCAUCAUUCAUCAAUCAGACCAUAUUAUGUUUUUUUUUAAUCAUUUUUAGACAAUAUUAUGUUUUAGCUUGAAUUUAAGUUAGUUUGUUAUCUUUUUUGUCAGACUUUAAUAGCACAUUUCUAAAAUGUUCUUGUAUGUAUUAUAUGUGUCAUUGUAAUGCAGUAUUAUGCAGCAUUUCUGGCAGGGCUGGAAUGUUGCUUUUCGUACUAUCGUUGCUUAAAUGCUUGAUCUUUGUUUGACUUUUUAUUAUUCUCCUGCCUAUAGGAAAGCAUUCUUCUCUGUGCAUUUAAACGGUUUUAUAUUUUGGUGAAUAAAACUGUGAAAAGUAUAGUAGUUUACAGGACUGAUAUUUCUUGCCUGUGUUUGUACUUCUUGGGUAAAAUAUUUGUAUUUUUUGCCAAAUAAAUCUGUUUGCUUCUGGUAUAA